AAACUCAGUGCUCGAAUUUCAGAGCAGAGUAGAGAUAUCGCCCACGAAAGCAGGCGCGACUCUUCUGCCAUGAAGGCGAUUGCUGUGCUUACGAUGUUCUUCUUACCUGGGACGUUCUUCGCUACGUUCUUUGCUAUGCCGCUGUUUGAAUGGAGUUCCCCGACGUCGCCAUCGGAGGGUACGGGGAACGUCUGGAUCUAUUGGGCUGCUACAAUCCCGGCCACUGUUCUAGUACUCGUGGCAUGGAGGCUCUGGUAUGUGUUUGAUGAAUGGAGGUGGAGUCGUGAGGGAAAGGGGACUGUUUAUCAGGACUUCUGGGCCUGGGUUCGAUCUUGA